AUGCCACUAUCAACAUACAUCUUCUCCGCACCUGCUCACAGCCACCUCACCCCUUACCUUGCCGCCCUCCACGGCACCUGCAUCACGCAUGAUCACCUGAUAGAUGUCUUCCUCCCACCCUUGAACAACGAUAAGCUGCUCGGCUGGUGGAAGUCCAAGAUCGCCGACACAAACCUCGUCAUCAUCCUCCUGCUGAACGAAUCGGAGCCCGGCACUCGUGCGAGGGGCCACGAGCUCGUCGGUGCUGCCCUCCUGCGCAUCCCUGAGGCCGAGACGAGCCCGUUCCGUGCCACUGUGGACAACAUCCUCGUACUCCCGCGCUUCCGGAGGCAAGGGGGCGCCAGAACGUUGAUUCAAGCCCUGCAGGCGCAGGCUAUUUGUAUGAGCAGGACAAUGCUGACGGCCGGUGCAGAGGCUGGAAGCGUAGGCGAGCAAGUCCUGAAGAAUUUCGGCUUCAGGGAGGUCGGCAGAAUACCCAAUUACGCCAUCAGCCCAGCAGAUCAUACCAAGAGGGAUCAGACAAUUCUCUGCAAGGAUCUGCUUACAUCUUGA